UUUUAUUUUAAUUCUUUUUAUCAGAUCAUUCAUUAAUGGUCCGUUUGGAUUGAAGAAGAGUGAGGGGAUUAGAGUAAAGUUGACCCAAAAUUAGUCUAUUUUUAACCAACUUUACUCUACUCUCCUUCAUUCCCCCUCCUUCCCCCCUUAAACCAAACAGGCCAUAAGACUUUGAGAUUGAAAUGAAAGUGACAUUUACAUGAAAUAUACAACACAAAUUGUGCUUGAUUAUUAUGAUUCAUGAAUGCGGUUAGUUAACUAUAAUUUCAACCAAAAACUAGAAGUUAAUGAUGAGAUCAGCAUUUAACUAUGGGAACUAAUUUGUUUUCUUAUAAUUAUUUUGUGAUGUUUUGGCACAGGGCUACAUUUUGUAGCAAAAUUUUUGUUGGGGAGUCCAUGCGUCAUUGCAUUUUUUAUAUAUAAGUGGCGUAGAAGGCAUUUAUCAAUGUAUGACGCAGUUGAAAAUUUUUUGCAAAGCCAAAAUAACCUCAUGCCAAUUAGGUACUCUUACUCGCAAAUUAGAAAGAUGACUAAAUGUUUCAAGGACAAAUUGGGUGAAGGAGGUUAUGGCUGUGUAUAUAAAGGAAAGCUUCAAAGUGGCCAUUUGGUAGCUAUAAAGAUGUUGGGUAAUAAGUCCAAAGCAAACGGUCAAGAGUUUAUCAAUGAAGUUGCCACAAUUGGAAGGAUUCACCACGAGAAUGUGGUGCAACUUAUUGGCUACUGUGUUGAGGGACUAAAGCGUGCCCUUAUAUACGAAUUCAUGCCAAAUAGUUCUCUUGACAAAUACAUUUUUUCUCAAGAAGGAAAUAUUCCCUUGAGUAUUGAGAAAACAUACAAUAUUUCUCUUGGAGUUGCUCGUGGAAUUGAAUAUUUGCAUCAAGGAUGUGACAUGCAAAUUUUGCAUUUUGAUAUCAAGCCCCAUAACAUUCUUCUUGAUGAGAAUUUCACCCCAAAAGUGUCAGAUUUUGGACUUGCAAAACUUUAUCCAAUAGAUGAUAGCAUAGUGUCUUUGACUGCUGCAAGGGGAACACUAGGAUAUAUAGCUCCAGAGUUGUUCUAUAAAAACAUUGGAGGGGUCUCCUAUAAAGCUGAUGUUUAUAGUUUUGGCAUGUUAUUGCUGGAAACGGUAAGUCGAAGAAAGAACUUGAAUGCAUUUGCAGAAAAUUCAAGCCAAAUUUACUUCCCAACUUGGGUCUAUGGCCAAUUUAACGAAGGAAAUGACAUAGAAAUGGAAGAUGCCACGGAGGAGGAAAAGAAAAUUGCUAAGAAGAUGAUCAUAGUCGCAUUAUGGUGUAUACAAAUGAAGCCUAGUGAUCGUCCUUCAAUGAACAAAGUUGUAGAAAUGCUUGAAGGAGAAGUUGAAUGCUUACAAAUGCCUUCCAAGCCUUUCCUACUGUCAUCACCGAAGAGGCCAAUAGGGGAUGUCGGAGACAACUUAAAUUCAACUAGCUCAUCAAUCCAAUCAGGUGAAUCAAGUCAAUUAACUCAAAACUAGUUGAUAUUUCAAUCUGUUGAUUUCCAUGGGAAAGCUAACAUUUCCACUAAAUGAGAGCAAUUAGUGAUUUACAAAGAUACUUCAUAUU